AUGGUGACGAUGCUGGCGACGCCGGAAGCGGAAACGGAUGCGGCGAAGAAGCUGGGAGCGGCGGACGGCCGUAGGCUGAGCAUCCCCGCGAUGCAAGCUCUGUACGAGCUGCAGCAGUCCAAUCAACUGUGCGAUGCAACAAUCCUGCUCGACGACGGUGAAGUCUUUCCCAUACACAGGGCGAUCCUGUGCUCGUGCAGCUCCUAUUUCAAAGCUGUAUUCACGACAACGUUGCAUGGAAAGAAUAAAACUAACAUCCUGCUACCUGGCGUGAGUCCUGACAUGAUGAAGCUGCUCAUCAAUUACGCGUACUUGCGGAAGCUGGAUAUAACUCCGGAGAACGUUUACAAGAUAAUUGCGACUGCCGAUUACCUAAGUAUUCUCGGUAUUCUUGAUAUGUGCUGCGAGUAUUUGGAGCGCACCAUCACGCCGACGAACUGCGUCGGGAUCAUGCAGUUCGCCAAAGCUCAGUUCCUGCAGAGGUUGCACGAGGCUUGCUGGAGGUACGUGAUGCGUUACUUCCCGCAGAUCGCUACGACGAGCGCCGAAUUGACGAAUCUCCCCGUGGACGAUCUUCAAGCGAUCAUCAACGCGGACGAGUUGAACGUGAAGAGCGAGGAGAUCGUGUGGGAGGCAAUCUUGAGGUGGAUCAAUCAUCGACCUGAGGAGAGGAAGAAGCAUAUAGUCACGUUGAUGAAGUGCAUACGUUUGGGUUUGCUGGAUACGCAGUUCUUUUUGGAGCACGUGAAGGAUCAUCCGUACGUGACGGGUUGCGAGGACAGCAGACCGAUGAUCAUCGAGACGUUAAAGUUUCUGUACGAUUUGGAGACGAUCUCGCAUCGGGAUGGGGAAGUGCCGACGCCGGAGAUUGCGAGGCCGAGGGUGCCGCACGAAGUGCUCUUUGCUCUUGGCGGUUGGAGCGGUGGGUCGCCCACGAAUUACAUGGAGACGUACGAUACCAGAGCUGAUCGUUGGGUCAAAGUGGAGGAGAUCGAUGGGAGCGGACCUCGCGCUUACCAUGGGACUGCUGUCGUGGGGUUCGAGAUCUACGUGAUCGGCGGCUUCGACGGUAUGGAUUACUUCAACUCCUGCAGGUGCUUCAACGCUGUGACGAAGGUGUGGCGCGAAGCGGCUCCGAUGCACGCGAGGAGGUGUUACGUGAGUACGGCUGUUCUGCAGGAGGCGGUCUACGCUAUGGGCGGUUACGACGGCCACCACAGGCAGAACACGGCGGAGCGUUUCGAUCCUCGCUCCAAUCAGUGGUCGUUGAUCAGUCCGAUGAACAUGCAGAGAUCCGAUGCGAGCGCUUGCACCUUGAACGGAAAGAUCUACAUCACCGGAGGAUUCAACGGGCAGGAAUGCAUGCAUUCCGCGGAAGUCUACGACGCCGAUGCUAACCAGUGGACUCUGAUUAACCCGAUGAGAUCUCGACGGUCAGGGGUGUCGUGCAUCGCGUAUCACGGACACGUGUACGUGGUGGGCGGCUUCAACGGCAUCUCCAGGAUGUGCAGCGGCGAAAAGUACAGUCCGGCGACGAACGCAUGGACGCAGAUACCCGAUAUGUACAAUCCGCGCAGCAAUUUCGCGAUCGAAGUCAUCGACGACAUGAUCUUCGUCAUAGGCGGCUUCAACGGGGUGACCACGAUCUACCACGUAGAGUGCUACGAUGAGAGAACCAACGAAUGGUACGAAGCGACGGAUAUGAACAUCUACAGGUCGGCGCUCUCCGCCUGCGUGAUCCAAGGACUUCCAAACGUGCGCGAUUACAUCCACAAGCAUCGGGAGAAGCUGAUGGAGGAGAAGCGGCAGAAGAUGAUCGCGUUGGAAGCGCAACGCGAGGCAACAAACAACGCGAAUACGAACGCGGUCGUCGCCAACGGCACCGACGUCCUCCAGGUGCAGCAGGCUCAAGCGCAGAACGCGCACAACCUGCAGCAGCUGAACGUCCUACAGCAGCUCGCCAACGUCAACAUGAACGUCCUAGCAACGGCUAACAAUGACAACAACAACAACAACAACAACGACCUCAACAACGAUAAUAACAACAUGCCUUUAGCGAUGGACGUCGAAGAAGGCGACGACGUCCAAUGA